AUGGCGAAUGCUGCUGCGGUGUCUGUAGACCCCGCUGCUAAACGUGGGCCUUCUAGCUCUGAGCCGAAGGCCGCAGCAGCAACAGACGCUGACGGGCUGGAGGGGCCCCCCACGUACUGCAGCACGCCGACAGGGAGGCCUUCGCAGCAGCAGCAGCAGCAGCAGCAGAAGAGAGAGCAGCGCUUUGCAGCACAUGCAGGAGCACGUGCAGCAGCAAACAGCAAACUGAAGCCAUCGCCUGUUGCUGUUGAAGACUUCCUUUUGCGUCUUCCCAGUGUCUACUGUGCCGAUGCAGACUCAGAGACAGCCACAGAGACCACCACCAGCAGCUCCUCCUCUUCAUCUUCCUCCUCCUGCGCAGCAACAACAGCAGCAGCAGCAGCAGCAACAGCAACAGCAACAGCAACAGCAGGAAGUCUUGCCUGCGUUACUUGGGAGCUGCAGCAGCUGCCAGCAGACGGCGAGUUAGUUGUGCAUCUUGUGCGGCGUCUGGAGGCUUUGAUUGCAUGCAGAGAGGAGCGUCUUCGCGUGGCUUCUUCUUCCGUUCGUCUUUGUUUGUCUUCAAUUCGGCGUUGCCGUUUGCUGCCUCCUUUAUAUAUUGUUGAGAAGCAGCAGCAAAAGCAGAAGCUGCAGGAAGAGCUGCUGCUGCUGCUGCGGCUGCAGCAGCUCGAAGCGGUAGUCCUCGCUGCAGAGAGCUGCAGCAACAACAACAGCAGCAACAGCAGCAAUAGCCGCAGCAACAGCAGCAGCAGCAGCAGCAGCAGUGCAGCAGCAGCAGCGCAGCUGCCGCUGCAGGCCGCACUGCUUAUGGAGGCAGCUGCGCUGUCUUCGUUAUCUACGCAAAACUCCCAGACAAACUUAGGCCAAAAUAUUCAGCGAUAUGUGCACAACAACAAUCAAAAACAAAAGCGGCUGCUGAAGAGUUUAAAAGCAGUUUUGAGUUGUGUGCUGCAAACUGCUGCGCGCUCUCUGCCACCUCCCCCGUGCGGCUGCGGCUGGAGGAGGCCCUGGUUUGCUGCAGCAGCAGCGCAGCAGGCGCCAACUGCAGCAGCAGCAACAGCAGCAGCAGCAGCAGCAGCAGCAGGAGAUGCUGGGCUACCGGCAGCAGCAGGAGCAGCAGCAGGAGCAGCAGCAGCAGGAGAAGACACGUGGGGUCUGUAUUUGGAAGCUCUUGCGGCAUAUUCGCUGCUGCCGCCGUCGUUCUCUGUGGGGGCUGCAGUGUCUGCAGCAGCAGCAGCAGCAGCAGCAGCAGCAACACGACAAGUGCUGUUUGCGUUUGUACCUGCUGAUGCUGCUGCCUUUGCGGAAGCUGAGGUAGAUGGAGCGGGCAUCCUUCGAACGCGUUUGCUGCUGCUGCCGGAGCAAGGCGCAUGUGCUGCUAGUGCUGCUGCUGCUGCUGCUGCUUUUGCUGCUGGCGGUGGUGCUGCUGCCGACCUGCUGAGCAUGCGCUCUGCAGCAGAAUUAGCUGCUGCUGUUGCUGCUGCUGAUGGCGUCUCCUGUAUAAUGAGUGUAUUAGGAGUUCUUUUCGACUGUCUGCUAGGGACAGAGGCGCUGUGCCGGUGGCAGGCAAAGGAGGGGUUGAGCGUGCUGCAGCAAUGGAUCAGCAAGCAGCAGCAACAGCAGCAGCUGCUGCUGCAGCAGCUGCAGCAGCAACAGCAGCAGCAGCAGCAGCAGCAGCAGCACGGGGAUUUCAACGAUGAGCGCCACACCGACCUUUUUCCCCGGUCGCUGGUCUCCACACCCAGCAGCAACAGCAGCAGCAACAGCAGCAACAACAGCAGCAGCAAUUGCUGCUGCAGCAAACGGGAAAUGGAGCGGCCUACGGUGCAUGAACUUGCUGCAGCUGCAAGGGGGAGGCUUAGAAAGCUGCCUUCGUUGCUGCGGCUCGGUCUGUUCCUGCUGCAGGUGCGGCAGCAGCUGCUGCAGCAGCGGGAGAGUCUGUGGCAGCGGCUGCAGCAGCAGCUGCUGGAGGUGCUGGCGGCUGUUCCUUUCAGCUUAGGUUCUGCUGCUGCUGCUGCUGAUUUUGUCUCUUUGAUAGUCGCAGUGCAGCACUUCAAAGCAGCAGGUGAGGCCUUCGUUGAGGCGAGAGACGAGCAGCAAGAGAGCCGUCUUGCUGCUGCUGCUGCUGCUGCUGUUGCUGCUGCUGCUGCAGCAGACACAGUGAAACGUGAAACAGCAGCAGCCACACCCAAAGGCUGGGAAGCAGCAGCGCGAGCUCAUGAAGAUGCAGCAGAAGCAGCAGAGGCCGCAGAUGCAGCAGCAGCAGCAGCAGCUGCAGCAGCAGCAGGAAUGGAUCUGGAGGCCUCGGCGCCAUGCCAGAAGACCAGCAGCAGCAGCAGCAGCAGCAAGUUGUCAGAGUUGCUGCAGCUGCGUGUGGAGGGUGCUCUGCAGCAGCUGGAGGAGACGUCUUUGUCGAAGUUGCUGCAGCAGCUGCAGCAAGAGACCUGGCAGAGACGCCCUGUUGGAGGCCGCCUGCCUCUGCUGCUGCUGCGCAAUUCUCCCUGCUUGAUAUCGCAGCAGUGGAGUGCGUGCAGCGGUGCAAGUGCAGAAGAAGCAGCAGCAGCAGCAGCAGCAGCAGCAACAGCAGCAGCAGCAGCAGCAGCAAAGAUAUGCAGCCGGUGCGGAGAAGAAGUGCAGUCGUUUACUUUUCAAAACCCCUUCGCCCGCUGGCAACCGGGGAGACCUUUUGCUGCAGCAGCAGCAGCAGCAGCAGCAACAGCAGCAGCAGAAUGCGGGCUUUCUUUGCAACAGCGGGAGAAGCAGCAGCAGCUGCUGCAGCUACAGCUGCAGCAGCAGCAGAGGGAGUCUUCUGUUGCUGCUGAGCUGGCAGCAAUAGAUUUGGAGCUGAGUGCUGCAGGCGCAGCUGCGAAUAUGCGGCGGCCUCCUGUUGUUGUUGCUGCAACAGCUGCUGUUGUUGAGGGCCUAGAGGGAUAUUGGGGUGUUGCUGCUGCUGCAGCAGCUGCUGCUGCUGCUCCUGCAGCUGCAGCACCGGCAGCAGCAGCAGCAGCGGUGCACUCGAUGCUGCGGCUCGUGCGGCUAUACAUUGCUGCUGUUGCUGCAGCAGCGCUGCCACCGGGGGUUUGCGGUGUAUUGGCAGGUCUGCAACCAGCAGCAAUAUCCUGGGGUGAAGACGGGGAGAGCAGCAGCAGCAGCAGCAAACCGCACAUGAUUCGAAUGAACAGCGGCAAGCAGCAGAACUCUAAUGCAGCAGCAGCAGCAGCAACAACAGCAGCAGCAGCAGCAGCAGCAAACUCCAGAUACCAGGAGAUGAAUCCGCAUGCACACCCGCUGCUGCUGCUUGGAGAUUUAGAUAUUAUUAAGAAGCGGCUCCCUGACUUUUGCUGGCUGCUGCGACAAACAGAGAAGGACCUCUGGCCUCUGUACAAGCAGCUGAAGCAAGCUAUCAGCAGCAGCAGCAGCAGCAGCAGCAGCGGUGGUGGUGGUGGGAGCGAUAUGCGGGGGAGCAGCACUAGACUGCAGCAGCAACUGCAGCAGCAGCAGCAGCAGCAGCUGCAGCCGCUGCUGCUGCUCGAACUCGUGCAACCUAUGAGUAGACAGAAUAGCCCAGGUGCGCUUUGGGCAAUGCCUGAGAAAGUUGCUGCUGUUGAAUCUGCUGCUGAGGUUCUAACAGCUCUCGCGCUGCAGCUGCAGCAGCAAGGCCUCCCCAAUGCAGCAGCAGCAGCAGCAGCAGCAACUGCACCUGCAGCAGAAUCACAAGCAGCAGGAGCAGCAGCAGCUACUGCACACGUCUCCAACCUUUACCACCAGCAACAGCAACAGCAACAGCAGCAGCAGCAGCCAGUACAGGGUGUACUGAGCUGCUUGUCUGCUGCAGAGCAGCAGCAACUCGUGGAGGCUGUUGCUGCAUGCGGGCGGGCGCUGGAAGACCUCCGUUCUCUUGUCUAUCGAAUUGCUGCUGCUGAUGUUUGCUGCAGCGGUGCUUUUGCUGCUGCUAUGCAGCGUGCAGCUAAAGAUACAGGAGCCGAAUGGUGUCCUCCUCCUGCUGCUGCUGCUGCUGCUGGAGCAACAGCAGCAGCAGCAGCAGAUUGCAUACCUCCUGCGUUUGCUGCAGCUAUCAGACAGCAGCAGAGUUUGCUGCGAGAUGUCUACUGGAAGCUGCGCUGUGCUGGAGGCGGCAGCAUUCCUCCGCUGCUGCAGCAGCAGCUAUGGAGGCAUAUUCUAAGCCAAACUAUUUCGGAUGCUGCUGCUGCAUUUGCGCUGCUACCUCUACCUGCCGAUACACCUGAGCGCUGCUUUGCUGCGGGGCCCCUUGUAGCGAUGUCGGAGGCCCUCAGAGAUAUCAUUAGAGAAGCAAACACCCAACACGAAAAAGCUGCUGCUGCUGCUGCUGCUGCUGCGCCUGACGGCACUGCUGCAGCGCCUGUUCCUGUUGCUGCUUCGUGUACCGCAGCAGCAGCAGCAACAGCAGCAGCAGCAACAGCAGCAGGUAGUGUGUGCUUAUCACCUCUAGACGUAGAGGAAAAGGAUUUCGAUAUUAUUGUCGAUGUUUGCUCGCGCCCUGCAGCAGAACAGCUGCAGUGGUGCCAGCAGCAGCAAAACUGCAGCAUGUUGCUGCUGCUCCCGCGGCUGCAGCAGCAAAUGCUGAACCGGCUUGAGCAGCAGGGGCUGCUGCAGCGAUGA